GAAAAAUUCAAGUUCGGAUUGGAUCAGAAUUAUCAAAACAGUACAUAGUGGAAAAUGGCACACCUCAAGGUGAAGCCUCAGGUUGAAGAGAAAGCUGGAAAAACAUUUGACACAUUUGUUGUCAAAGCCUACAAAACACAAGUUGUAGCUGGGACCAACCACUUUUUUAAAAUCCAUGUUGGUGGCAGUGACUACAUUCACGUCAAAGUAUAUGAAAUGCUUCCUUUUCAGGGAGGUAAAAAGGAGAUAAUGGGCAUCCAGAGCAACAAAUCAAAGGAUGAAGAACUAACUUUCUUUUGAAUACAAAAUAUCUUACUGUCAAUGCUCUAGGCUUAUGCAAAAGUAGUUUGUUUUAUAUUUUUAAGCUUCUCUCUUUUGGCUUUAUCUAAACUGGGGAUAUUCUUAUUUUGCAUCAACUUCUAGCCAUAUAAACCAUAUCAUGUGGUUGGGAGAAGAGCGCAGAGGUUCAAGAAGUUUGAUUAUGUAUACCAUCCUUGAACUAACAUGAAAGAUUUUUUAUAAUCAAAGGUUGUUGUGGUGAAUUCAAUUUGUGUAAUGAAAAGAACUGGCAUAAUUUUUGAACUAAAUUGUUUUUAUUGAGAUUAUGUAUACUUUUUAUUGUACCCUGCAGUUUAUUUUAAGAAAUAAAUGCACU